AUGGCUGAUAAUGAAGCAAUCGAUAGUGAUCAAAACGUGUUAAAAAAACACGCCGCUUUCUUUGAUCGUAACAAUGAUGGUGUGAUUUACCCUUGGGAAACUUUUCAAGGGUUUCGAGCAAUUGGGAGUGGUAUUUUGUUAUCCACAAUUGCUGCAAUUUACAUCAAUGUUAGCCUUAGCCGCAAAACUCGCCCCGUAAAAAGGUAUCCUAAUCUACUAUUCCCGAUCAACAUUGUAAACAUAACAAUGGGCAAACAUGGCAGUGACUCUGGAGUCUAUGAUAGUCAUGGAAGGUUUGUUCCUUCAAAGUUUGAGGAGAUAUUUCAAAAGUAUGCGAGGACAAAUCCAGAGGCUUUGACAACAGACGAAUUGGAUGAAUUUCUCAAAGGAAAUCGAGAACCCAAAGAUUAUGGAGGAUGGAUUGUAGGUCUCACAGAAUGGAAGACAUUGUACUACUUGGCUAAGGACAAAAAUGGAUUAUUGGAAAAGGAUACCAUUAAAGCUGUUUAUGACGGAAGUUUGUUUGAAAAAAUGGAAGCCGAAACGGCUAAGAAGAAACACAAGUGA